CUUCAUCACUGUCUGUUCAAGUUGCAUAAGUUUCUCUCUCUCGUAGUCUCGUGUGUAUGUCUGGCUUCAACAUGGAAGUCUCUGUGUUUCCUGAAUCCAAAAGACGGUUUUGGUGUUCUGCAGAAUCCUCGUUGCUCGGAAAGGGAAGGCAUCCUAGUAGUCAGUGGUUUUCUUUGUCGAUUUCUCCAACCAAAAUAACUCCGCAGCCUCUAUUGUGUCGUUCUAGAUUUCUUUCUCCCAAGAAAACACACUUCAAGGUUUUAUCAAUUCAAAGGAAUGAAAUUCCUGUUGUAGAGGGAAGUUCUAUUGAUGAGGUAUAUGAUUCUUUAGCUGAACAACUUCUUCCUACAGCGGCAGUGGCUUCAAAUCCAAAUUCAAAAUUUAUUGUGGGUUUAGCUGGUCCACCUGGUGCUGGAAAGACCACUCUGGCAUUGGAAGUAGUUCGUCGGGUAAACAUGCGAUGGCCCCAAAAAGCUCCUUCAAUGGAUUCCCAAGUUAAGCCUCAAGAUGUUGCUAUAAUUCUUCCCAUGGAUGGGUUCCAUCUUUAUCGUCACCAGCUGGAUGCAAUGGAGGAUCCAGAGGAAGCUCAUGCAAGGAGGGGAGCUCCAUGGACUUUUGACCCAGCACGUUUACUAGCAUGCCUCAAGGCUCUGAGGAGUCAGGGAUCAGUUUAUGUACCAUCAUUUGACCAUGGUGUUGGAGAUCCUGUAGAAGAUGAUAUUUUUGUGAAUAUUCAGCACAAAGUUGUGAUAGUAGAAGGAAACUAUGUGCUCUUGGAAGAUGGGAUCUGGAAGGAAGUUUCUUCAAUGUUUGAUAAAAAGUGGUUUAUUGAAGUUGACAUUGGCAAAGCAAUGAACCGAGUUUUGAAGAGGCAUAUCUCGACAGGAAAACCUCCAGAUAUUGCCAAGUGGCGGAUAGCAUACAAUGAUCGACCCAAUGCAGAGCUUAUCAACAAGUCAAAGAAGAAUGCAGACCUAAUAAUAAGGUCAGUGGACUUCUAAAGAGCCUGUCUGCUGGAUUCUAAUCAGAAGGAAAAAGGAUUCAACAUUAUCCUAAUUAUCAAUUUCAUCGACUUGUCCCAACUAAUGGGGAUUGGCUGCACGGAAUUUGUAAGAGAACAAAAAAGGAAAUAAAUUGUCUUGGUUGAUGUAUGUCGUAUGCACCAAAUUAAUUAUUUCUUGUAAUUAAAUCAAGGGAUUCACAAAGUGUUGAGAAUGUUCUUGGAAAUGGAACCUGUGACUGAGCAUUUGAGGUUAAGAUUGAUGCCUUUCAUUUGGAAA